GGAGUGGGCUGGACCGGACGCCAGAGACAAAGGCUCUCAAGACAAGAGGGACUGUGGCCCUGCGACGGCACGGCUCGGGAUUUUUGACCCCAGGACUUUUCGCCCCUUCGUUUUUCUCUUCUGACGCUUCUCUCAUCUUAAGCCCGCGUCCCCUCACCCGCGACCUCGCUCCUCACCGGGAGGGCCGCGAUGGAGGUCCCGCCCCGGCUCUCCCAUGUGCCGCCGCCAUUGUUCCCCUCUGCUCCCGCUACUUUAGCCUCCCGCAGCCUUUCCCAUUGGCGGCCGCGGGCGCCUCGGCAGCUCGCCCCGCUCCUCCCUUCGCUCGCUCCCAGCUCCGCCCGGCAGGGGGCGCGCCGGCCCCAGCGCCACGUCACCGCCCAGCAGCCCUCCCGAUUGGCGGGAGGGGCGGCUAUAAAGGGAGGGCGCAGGCGGCGCCCGGAUCUCUUCCGCCGCCAUUUUAAAUCCAGCUCCAUACAACGCUCCGCCGCCGCUGCUGCCGCGACCCGGACUGCGCGCCAGCAUCCCCCGGCCGACAGCUCCGCCACCAUGGAGGACAUGAACGAGUACAGCAACAUAGAGGAAUUCGCAGAGGGAUCCAAGAUCAACGCGAGCAAGAAUCAGCAGGAUGACGGUAAAAUGUUUAUUGGAGGCUUGAGCUGGGAUACAAGCAAGAAAGAUCUGACUGAAUAUUUGUCUCGAUUUGGGGAAGUUGUAGACUGUACAAUAAAAACAGAUCCAGUGACUGGAAGAUCAAGAGGAUUUGGAUUUGUGCUUUUCAAAGAUGCUGCUAGUGUUGAUAAGGUUUUGGAACUGAAAGAACACAAACUGGAUGGCAAAUUGAUAGACCCCAAAAGGGCCAAAGCUUUAAAAGGGAAAGAACCUCCCAAAAAGGUUUUUGUGGGUGGAUUGAGCCCAGAUACUUCUGAAGAACAAAUUAAAGAAUAUUUUGGAGCCUUUGGAGAGAUUGAAAAUAUUGAACUUCCCAUGGAUACAAAAACAAAUGAAAGAAGAGGAUUUUGCUUUAUUACAUACACAGAUGAAGAGCCAGUAAAGAAAUUGUUAGAAAGCAGAUAUCAUCAAAUUGGUUCUGGGAAGUGUGAAAUCAAAGUUGCACAACCCAAAGAGGUCUAUAGGCAGCAACAGCAACAACAAAAAGGAGGAAGAGGUGCUGCAGCUGGUGGACGAGGUGGUACUAGGGGUCGUGGACGAGGUCAGGGCCAAAACUGGAACCAAGGAUUUAAUAACUAUUAUGAUCAAGGAUAUGGAAAUUACAAUAGUGCCUAUGGUGGUGAUCAAAACUAUAGUGGCUAUGGCGGCUAUGAUUAUACUGGGUAUAACUAUGGGAACUAUGGAUAUGGACAGGGAUAUGCAGACUACAGUGGCCAACAGAGCACUUACGGCAAGGCGUCUCGAGGGGGUGGCAAUCACCAAAACAAUUACCAGCCAUACUAAAGGAGGACGUUGGAGAAAACAGGAGGAGAUUGCUAAAGUUAACCCAUCUUGCAGGACGACAUUGAAGAUUGGUCUUCUGUUGAUCUAAGAUGAUUAUUUUGUAAAAGACUUUCUAGUGUACAAGAUACAACUGUGUCCAACUGUAUAUAGCCGCCAAUUAGUUUUCUUUGUUUUUACUUUGUCUUUGCUAUCUGUGUUAUGACUCAAUGUGGAUUUGUGUUUAUACAAAUUUUAUUUGUAUGAUUUCAUGUUAAACCUCAAAUAAAUGCUUCCUUAUGUGAUUGUU